CCUAGCCUGUUUAUUGAUUUUGUAAAGGUUUGUUUUGGUCGAGCUGGUGGUUCCUGCGUGUGUGACUGUGGGGCGGCCCCUAACCCCUCCCCGAGGAGGCGAGGCCCGUCCAGAGCCCGCCCGAUCCCUGGCUCCGAGUCCGCGGGGCGGAGAAGGGAAAGAGGAAGGGGGAAGAGAGUGGGAGAGAGAAAGCAGGGAGAAAGAGGCCGCGGGCGUUGCCAGGAGGAGGCGGGGAAAUCGGCUCUGCCCGCACCAGCCUCUCCCUGGCCGGCUGCAGGUGGAGUCCGCAGAGGGUGCCGAUUUCGCAGCCACCCGCGCAGCCGGAGUCGCCACUUCCUCCCCGGGGCCACCUUCCAGGCCGCGAGGGUGCUGGCGUGGGAGUACUCGGUGUUCAUCUGUGCCUCGCCGAUGGCUGAGGGCCGGCGGCGGGAGGACGAGGAGGAAGAGCUACGCGAGCGCCGCGAGCUCGGGGGGCCGCGCCGCGCCCGGGGCCGAGUGCUCUCGUGCUACUUCGCUGCAGAUUGCAACGAACAAAAUAAACCAGAGCAUCGUUCAUCAAGCCAAGGACCCUUGUCAUCCAUUAGAGCGGUAAUCAAGAGAUCUUCUCGGACUUCUAUUCAGAGUGAGCUUCAUCGAGAUAGGAGGCGCCCAGAGAUCACCAUUGUGGCAGCUGAGCCACUGAGGCGGGCCUCGUGGUUUGCAGGAGCCCCGCCCCCAGGACUGGGAUUCCCCCCAUCCUCUGCAGCAGGCCCUUGGAGGCCCAGUGAGCUGGUUCCUGCUGAGCUCCCACCAUCUUAUGAGCAAGUCAUAAGAGAAAUCAACCAAGUUCAAGUUAAUACUACAAAUAAUAAUAAUGCUGCUGCCAGUCCAAGGCUCACUAUUACUUCUGCAACUCAGACUGACUUUUCAGAAGAAAUAGACAACCCUCUGCCUCAAACAUUACAGGCACCUCUCAAACCUCUUCAGCUUCCCCCAGCGGUCUCAGCCAGGGAUCCGCCGACCAGUGUGGCGCCUUUCAUAGUCUGUGACGUUUCUGAAAAGCGGAAUUGUCCAGAAAACGCCGGUGCUACAAGAUGUCCGGUGCCAAAACCAAGAACAAAAAGCAACCUCAGACCAAUAGCCAGAGACACCCCCAUUAAAGAGCAGAAUCACCAGAAAACUGACCCGGCGGCCCCAGAAGAGGCGCCAUCCCCGGGCCAGCCCCAGUCCCUGUUGGACAGCACCAGCACCUUGCAGAGUCAGGCAGGGAUGGACACUAUGAACUCAGAACAAAGCCAAAAUAGUGUUUCCAGGGUCAAAGCCUUUGACAGUCACUCAAGUACAGAAACCUCAGGGCUGCCCAAGAAACCAGAGAUUGCGCCCCGUGCACUCCGCCCACGGCCUCCUGUUUCCUCAGGGAAACACUCGGUGGCUCCCAAACCCGCUGCCAGCAGAGCUUCUGGAGAAUUGGACUCCUGGAAUGAAAACAGACUCAAGGUGGCCUCCAGGGAAGGGCUCACCCCACACUUUCCACGGAGAGAAGCCGGGAGCAUCCCAGUAACCAAACCAGAAUUGCCAAAGAAACCAAAUCCUGGCCUUAUACGAAAUGUUAAUCCUGAGAUUCUGGGAGGAGGGCCUGUGGCUGAGAGCCCUGCCGGCGGGAAGAUAGUCCCAACUCCUGCUCCUCGGCCACCGCUGCCCAAGAAAUCAGUUUCCUCAGAAAACCCCACCUGCACGGCAGCUUUGCUGAAACCAGUCACUGUUCCUCCCCGACUCCCCGUCGUGACCCACGCCAAAGCGUUCAGGUCACUGAGCGAAGGACCCUCAGCCAACCCGCCAGUUCCAGGUGUGCAAAGCAAGCCGCCAGGGGACGUGGACCUCAUCAGCUUCGGUGACGAUGUGUUACCCACCCCAUCCGGGAACCUGGGUGAAGACUCUGUUGGUCCAGAGAUGGUUCUGGAUCCCUUUCAGCUCCCCACAAAAACAGAACCAACAAAAGAAGGAGCGGUUCAACCAGCACUCACCAGGAAGCCCACUGUGAUUCGAAUUCCAGCCAAACCAGGAAAAUGUUUACAUGAGGAUCCACAAAGUCCACCUCCUCUCCCCACUGCAAAGCCUAUUGGAAAUACUUACUGUACAGUAUCUGGAAAACUUAGUAAUGUUGACAGAACGAGAAACUUGGAAUCCGAUCUUGUUGGUCAAACAGGAGGUCCUGUGCGAGGACCCCCAAGGCUGCCACCAAGACCUAUAAAUGGAAAAGUCAUACCAGCUCGACAGCCUCCUCCCAAGGGGGCCCCUGAGAGACCACCUCCCCCCAGAAUUUUUACAACCACAUCAUCAAAUAAAAAACUGCCUUUUAAUCGGUCUUCUUCUGACAUGGAUCUUCAGAAAAAACAAAGUAACUUGGCAUCUGGACUCACAAAAGCCAAGAGUCAAGUUUUUAAAAGUCAAAAUCCGGUGCUACCACCUCGCCCUAAACCAGGACACUGUCUCUACAAGAAAUACAUGCUGUCUGUGCCUCAUGGAAUCGCCAAUGAAGACAUUGUCUCGCAAAACCCCGGAGAACUCUCUUGUAAGCGUGGGGACGUACUUGUGAUGCUGAAGCCGGCGGGAAACAAUUACUUGGAAUGCCAAAAGGGAGAAGACACUGGCAGAGUUCACCUGUCUCAGAUGAAGAUUAUCACCCCACUUGAUGAACAUCUUAGAAGCAGAGCAAACGAUCCAAGCCAAGCUCUGGAGCCUGUUGACUGUAGCAUCCCUCAUGCUGUCGUUCUUCAUGAUUUUCCAGCAGAACAAGUUGAUGAUUUGAGCCUCACUUCUGGAGAAAUUGUUUAUCUUCUGGAAAAAAUAGGUACAGAUUGGUACAGAGGGAAAUGCAGAAACCAGACUGGCAUGUUUCCUACCAACUAUGUCAAAGUAAUUAUUGAUGUUCCAGAAGGAGGAAAUGGGAAAACAGAAUCGGUUUCAUCUCAUUGUAUUAAAGGUCCAAGAUGUAUUGCUCGGUUUGAAUAUAUUGGAGACCAGAAGGAUGAGUUAAGUUUCUCGGAGGGAGAAAUUAUUAUUCUUAAAGAAUACGUGAAUGAAGAAUGGGCCAGAGGAGAACUUCAAGACAGAACUGGGAUUUUCCCCCUUAACUUUGUAGAGCUCAUUGAGGAACAUCCCGCCUCUGGUACAAAUGUUUUAAGCACAAAUGUACCAUCGAAGACCAAAAAGGAAGAUUGUGGAGCAAAUUCUCAGGAUAAUAGUCUUUCUGGAGAAUGGUGUGAAGCUCUUCACAGUUUUACAGCAGAGACCAGUGAUGACUUAUCCUUCCAGAGGGGGGACCGGAUCCUGAUCCUCCAGCGUCUGGAUUCCGACUGGUACAAGGGCAGAAUGCGUGGCAAGGAGGGGAUCUUCCCAGCAGUCUUUGUGCGGCCCUGCCCAGCUGAGGCAAAAAGUAUGUCUGCUUUAGCACUGAAGGGGAGGAAGGCCAAAGCCUUAUAUGAUUUCCAUGGGGAGAAUGAAGAUGAGCUUUCCUUCAAGGCUGGAGAUAUAAUAACAGAGCUGGAAUCUGUAGAUGAUGACUGGAUGAGUGGAGAACUAAUGGGAAAAUCUGGAAUAUUUCCCCAAAACUACGUUCAGGUUUUACAAGUCAGCUAAAGGUGAAGCUUGACUGUGUUCCUUGGCACAAGAACUCACUUGAACUAUCACUUUGACUAUCAGAUACAUUUUUGCACUAUUUUUUUUAAACUGAAAGAAAUAUCUAUGCUGUACAUUGUACUCUAGGAUUUUCUGAAAGCAGAAAAUAUCUAGAUUUCAUUAUUAGAUUUCAUUCACAGUAGAAACGUGCAUGUGGAAAUUCAUGAGCAAGUAUUCUACCAAGGGAAACAUCAAGCAGGGUUAGCAAGGCAGUGAAAUACCUCCCCCCCGGGAAGUGUCUGGUGACAUCGAGCACAGGGAAGCUCCAAGCAAAAGUUGCACUUGGACAUCUAUUUUCAUCCGCAAAAGUAAAUUAACCGUGCUUCUUCAUUUUUUACUUUAGUUUAAAAAGAGGACGUUUGAUAUUCUACAUGCUGUAACUAUCAGGACAUGGUUAGUAAUCUAAAUUUCAUUGUUGAUACUCAAUUCUAACAGCUUGAGUGCAUUUGCCAGGGCAAAUCCUUGCUUCAGGAGGGGGGUCAUUUAUGACUAGUCAGAGCCUUUGUAAGAAUGGGGUGAAUCUGCUGAUGCUCACCAAGUACUCCUGUGUUCCUGUUUCCCCUUUGCUCAAGGAUUUGAAGCGGGUUAAAAUUGAGUGGAUGCAUCUUAGUCAAAAGAACAAAACCAUCCCGAGAUGCCUUGCUAAUAUGACUAACCCUUUCAUAUACCUGCUGUACUUACUUCUUUCCUCCAUUUAUACUUUAUGUUAACAGGGUUAUUAUAAAGCACAUUUUCUGAAUCAGCAAUCAUUCUCUUGACAAUUACUGGUACCCAAAGAAACAUUCAUUUUCUUUGCAUUACCCCGGUAAUAUAUAAAAGCUAUGUCUUGUUUAAGUGGUACAUUAUGAAUCACAUAUAUCUCAGAAUACAGAGCAACUAUUAAGAUGGAAAACAAUGCAAACUCCCACAUCUCAUUGCUUCCCAGUAUAAUCAGAAUGAAAAACAAUUUAAAAAGACUGAAGACUGAUACUUUCUUGGGUUUUCCCACAGCUCAUAAAGCAAACAAACAAAAAACCACUUUCCUGCUACAUCCAUUGUUAUGCAUGCCAACUUAAAAUAAAAGUGGUUCUUUAUAGGACUGAAUCAAUCAGUUUAUGGGCUGAAAAAG